AUGGUUGCUGCCGUUUCGAAUAGCCGUGGUCACAAUUCGGGCGCUUUGCAAUUCACCUUCGAUCAAUCGUCGGACAAGACGAUGUUUAUGAAAAACGGAAUGGGUCUACAUCUGAGUCGGGAAAUCAACAUGGUGAACGACUUGACCUCCGAGCUGAGCAGAAGGGAAACGAGCGGCUAUGGAGGGGAGCUUUCAAGAGUAUCCAAGGAUGUCCUGGCCACUUGCAAGCAGGAAAAAGCAAAAUCAAAGCAAAAGGGAGGCGAUGUGGAAAGGAAAGUCAAGGCUCCUUUCGGAUUGAUGGCGUUUGAACGCUCAAUCGAAAGGCGAGCAGACGUAAAGUAUCCCGUUUCACGCGUUCGAGUGUACGCAUUGGGAACGUACGAGCUAUAUAACCUGCACUGUUAUAUGGCGAAAGCUUCCCAUACAUUGCAAAAAGGUGCUGUCGUCCAGCACACCGCCAAAGCCCAUGACCUGAAAGGUCAACUGCCUGAAGGGAGCAUGGAAUCUUUGGCAACAACCAUUCGUUUCGUGACGCUGAACUGCCGAACACUAUCGAGUGAACUCCAACAAGCCGCUCUAUCCAGACUUCUGCGAUAUCUCUGUGUGCCUUUUGCUGCACUGCAGGAAACACGCAUGAGAGAUCGGCCCGUCAUCAGCAUCGAAAAUUACACCAUAUACUGCGGCGAUGCUGAUGAGAACAAAGUAGGUGGCUGCGCGAUAGCUGUGAGGAACGAUUACAAGAACCUGGUGGAGGAAUUUGGCUCAACGUCGUCUAGAUGCGCCUUUUUACGACUGCGGGAUCGCGGAGGACGUAAACUCUGGAUCGUAAGUGCUCACGCACCUACGGAAACCGCUGAGGACAACAGUAAGGACGCCUUCUAUGAUGAACUCAAUGCGUUGAUGUCUAAAAUACCAAGCCAGCAGGUGGUCAUUGUCGGAAUCGACGCAAAUGCAAAGAUGGGACUCGAACAGCAAUCCGAUGUGCUAGGAAAAUGGUACUAUGCAGCGGAGCGCACGUCGGACAACGGUGACCGUCUGGUCGACUUGUCCGAACAGACGGGCCUCAUCAUCGCUUCCACGUUUAAGAGGAAUCAUCGACGCCAUCAGCUCACGUGGCAGGGGUCAACCCUUUUAACGCCUGAAGAGCAGCGCAAGCGGAAGAUGAGGACUCUUAAACUUCAGCUCGACUACGUUCUGGCGAGGAACAUUCCUCAGUCAGAUAUCCGAAAAUCUAGAGCUGUUUGGGACGUCGCGUUCGACUCUGACCACCGUCCAGUUCUUCUCAGCUUCAAGAUACGGUUCCACAAGAGAAACCGAGGAGUUCCUCUUCAACCGAAAAUCGACAUGGCAGGUCUGAAAGACGAUGAAUGCAGAAGAAAAUUCCGCUAA